UAAGGUAAUACACUCAGUUCCCAUGAAGCUACUCAGUCUACUGGCUUUAUUAUACACAGUUAUUACGUGCCACGCGCAACAGUUGUACAAGGUAAGUAAAGCUCUUAAUAACUUUACAGCGUGUGUCGCGGAGUUCUCUAGUUCAAAAUACAAUGUAACUGUCGGGGCAGGUACUACAAUCUAUUAUAUGCCUGUUGAUAGAGAGGGACUUGACAGCAGGAACCAUGAUGCUGUAUUCAUGGGGUGCUUAAUUGCGUAUACUCGCGGCCUUGAUAUACUGUUAGUAUCAGACUUUUCCGAAGUAAGUGGCGACAUUGUACAUGAUCCUACGAUGCUAUUGCCUAGCUAUGAUUGGUCAGAAGUAUUGAUCGAAGCCAGCACGACCAUUAAUCCAUACUACAAUGUUAAUGAUGGAGAUGAGACGGUUUACCUGGAAAAGCGUGACUCUGAAUAUACUGUUGAACGUAGCGGUGAGGAUAGCGCCUGCAGGAAUACAGGACUUUUUUGGAUUUAGUACAUGAUAUAAUGCUAAUUCGCCAUAUAAAUCCUUCAAGGCAGGAAUGCAAGGGUGCGGUUACAUACAGUUCGAAACAUGGUCUCACCACAGGUGCCAGGGUAGGAGCUCGGCAUUGAGAGCUGCUUGGUGGGGUGU